GGCUCCGCUCAAGCAAUCGCGGACGCGCUUGUUAGCCGUCACGUAGCAAAGACUGCGUGCGACCAGAUCAGCGAAUGCGUGAUCAUUCUCAGGCGAUGAAACUACGAAAAAGAUAGUUAUAAGUCACAAAGGAUAACCUUCCAAGAAGUCUGGGAUCAAUAACAUUGAGGAUUUUGGACCUUUCAAUUGAAUGUGGUGUAUGUUAGACUUGAUGGGCGAUGUCUAGACGCGGACGCUACAGGCUCACCAGGACAGGGCCAUCCACCCCCGGGUGUGAGACCCCUCAGGGACCUGGCAUUCAUGUCUAUCUCUUCUGGACCAAAGACGGCGAGCGUUAUAUGACCCAUAAGGAGGUAGUCACUGCUGAGGAGCUGUCAAUCAGGGCAGCACAGGUUGCUGGAAUUAGUCCGAUGUGCCACAAUCUUUUUGCUCUAUACAACCCCCUGUCUCACUGCUGGUACAGUCCAAACCACAGCUUUGACCCACAAAAUGCAUCUGCAGUUCACUUCCGCAUGAGGUUUUACUUCCGUAACUGGCAUGGGUUGAGUGACAAAGAACCUGCAGUGUACCGUCACGCCCUGCGGACAGCGGGGUCAGAGAAGCUGGGCUCCCCUCUGUUGGAGAUGCCCUCUCUGGAUUACCUGUUUGCCCAGGCAAAGUAUGACUUUGUGAAUGACGUUGCGCCCAUGGAAGACGUGCGAGGCGCUGAGGAGCUGACUCGGUAUAAAGAUGAGAGCUUGGGGAUGGCUGUUCUUCACAUGUCUCACAAGGCCCUGCAGUCGGACUCCAACCUGCAAGAUGUGGCCAAACGCAUCAGCUACCAUUCCUGCAUCCCCCGUUCCUUUUCCCGGAACAUCUCGCGUGACAACUUCCUCACCAAGCUGCGAAUCAGCCGCGUCUUCGAUGAGUUUGUGCGGAGCUUCCAGCAGCACACCGUGGCCCAGGGCAAGCUGGGCCCCCAGGAAGUCAUGUACAAAUACCUGGCAACCCUGGAGAACCUGGCGCCCCGCUUCGGCACGGAGACGUUCGUCACGGUUCGCCUGGCGCUGAAGAAGGACGGCGACAGCAGCAGCUCUUACCUGAACGACUCCCGGGUGCAGGGGGACGCGGAGGAUGGCGUAGAGCAGGAGCCCACGCACGAGGUGAUGAUCUCUGGCACCACGGGCAUCCAGUGGAGGAAGAUCUCGGCGCUAAAGGCUCCAGACAACGACUACCUGGGGAACACCAGCAGCAAAAAGAAAAGCAGACAACCGUCCACCUCACAGGAGCCGAGCACCCCAGACAAAUGGAACGACUUCUGUGACUUCCCUGAGAUCUCCCACAUCGCCAUAGUCGGAGCCAAUGUCUGCAUCUGUCAUCAGGACAAUCACGCAAUGGAUCUGCAGCUGAGGUCCAGUCAGGAGGCCCGCUCCCUGGUCUCCCUGCUGGACGGGUACUUCCGCCUCAUCGCCGAUGCCCACCACUACCUGUGCCACGAGGUGGCACCGCCCAGAGUGGUCUUCAGCGGCGCCAAUGGAAUCCACGGCCCCCUCAGGGAAGAGUUUGUUCAACAGAAGCUGAAGAAAGAGACAGGCCCGGAGGGGGUAUAUAUCCUGCGUUGGAGCGUCCUGGAUUAUCGCUGCAUAAUUUUAGCUGUGCUGAGCAAGAAUGAGAAGGGUGAAACAUACAAACAGUUCAGGAUCCUUCAGAAGGAAGACAAGUUUGUACUCGAGGGCUGGAACAAGGAGUUCUGUAGUGUGAAAGAGCUCACCGACGGCCUCAAGACCUUCGUGCUCCGGUCUGGCAACGACUCGUUCACGGUGAAGAGAUGCUGCCUUCCGCGCUCUGCAGAGCUUUCCAACCUGCUAGUGAUCAGACAUGGUGCCAGCAGCAGCAGCAAGCCGGUCUCAGAAACCCUCAACCUGAGCCAGCUCAGAUUUCACCAGAUCAAAGACAAGGAAAUCACACGUGAUCAGCAUCUGGGUAGGGGCACCAGGACGAAUAUAUACUCUGGACUCCUGCAAGUGCAUGGUGGGACUGAGGACGAUGAGGACGAAUCGAAUAACAACCACACCAGCACCAAAGGCAUCCGAGUAGUUCUCAAGAUGCUGGACCAAGGCCAUAAAGACAUAGCUCUGGCAUUCUUUGAGACGGCCAGCCUCAUGAGCCAGGUGUCGCACGCUCACCUGGUGUUUGUCCAUGGAGUAUCAGUGAGGGGAUCUGAGAAUGUCAUGGUUGAGGAGUUUGUGGAAUUUGGGCCCCUGGAUAAUUUCCUCCGGAAAGAGAGAGGGCGACUCUCACCACAGUGGAAAUUUACAGUGGCUAAACAGUUAGCCAGUGCUCUCAGUUACCUGGAGACAAAGCGCUUAGUCCACGGAAACGUCUGCGCGAAAAACAUUCUGGUGGUGAGACGAGGGCUAGAGGAGGGCACUUCUCCUUUCAUUAAGCUGAGUGACCCGGGCAUCUCGCUCACGGCCCUGACACGUCAAGAGCGUGUCGAGCGAAUCCCCUGGAUCGCCCCUGAGUGUGUGCCGCCCGGAGCCGCCCUCGGCCACGCCGCUGACCAGUGGAGCUUUGGCACCACGCUGCUGGAGAUCUGCAACAACGGAGACCUGCCCAUGAGCACCAGCUCCCCCCACGAGAAAGAGCGUUUCUACGAGACGCAGGGCCGAUUGGCCGAGCCCUCGUCUCAGGAGUUGGCCAGCUUCAUCAGCAAGUGCCUGACCUACAAUCCGGCGGAGAGGCCUUCCUUCCGUGCCAUUCUGAGGGAGCUGACAGAACUGCAGAUCAAGAAUCCUGACAUUUCCUCAAAGUGUGACUCCAAUCAAAACACUGACCCAAGUGUCUUCCUCAAGCGUUACCUUAAGAAGAUCAGGGACCUGGGAGAGGGCCACUUUGGAAAAGUCAUGCUGUAUAUUUACGACCCGUCCAACGAUGGUACUGGGGAGUAUGUGGCAGUGAAGGCCUUGAAACAGGAAGGUGGUGGCCAUCUCCAUGAAGGCUGGAUAAAAGAAAUUGAAAUUCUCAAAAAACUAUACCACGACAACAUCGUCAAGUACAAGGGCCGCUGCUCGGAACUAGGAGGGCAGGGAGGGCAGGUGGUGCAGCUGAUCAUGGAGUUCCUCCCACUGGGCAGCCUGCGGGAGUAUCUACCCAAGCACCGCCUGGGGGUGGCACAGAGUCUGCUCUUUGCGCAGCAGAUAUGCCAGGGGAUGGAUUACCUCCACUCAAUGCGCUAUAUCCACAGGGAUUUGGCUGCCAGGAAUGUGCUGGUGGAGAAUGAGGGCCUUGUGAAGAUCGGCGACUUUGGAUUGACAAAAGAAAUUAAAGAAGGGGACGCCUACUACCGCGUCCGUGAGGACGGGGACAGCCCUGUGUUUUGGUAUGCUAUUGAGUGCCUGAAAGAGAGCAAGUUCUCUUUCUCCUCUGAUGUGUGGUCCUUUGGAGUGACACUGUAUGAGAUUUUUACCCACUGUGACCCUCGACAAAGCCCUCCAUCGAAAUUUUUUGAGAUGAUGGGAAGCGUCCAAGGCCAGAUGACUGUGAUGAAGCUGAUCUCUCUGCUGGAGAGACAUAGACGACUGCCCUGCCCAAAAGACUGCACUCAAGAAGUUUACACAUUGAUGAGACAGUGUUGGGAAGUCGAAGCAUCAGAGCGGCCGUCGUUUAAAGACCUCAUCGGAUCCAUAGAGAACAUCAGACAGGGGUACGAACUCCAGCCCACUGUGCGACUGGCCCAGAUCAACCCCCACUGAAGACCACUUUCCUUUUACAACCACUCUCUGGAGCACAAAGCCAUCCCUGGUGUUCACCUCCCUGGAGGAGCUGCUGAUGCACUAUGCCUAACUGUCAUUGUCUGGUCUCACGAGCCCACUUUCAUGAACUUUCCUCUGGCACUUUAGACCCUACUGCACUGCAUGUCGUCGGUCCUAGUUCAAUUUAUGUCUGCAGUCUGUCUGCAGAUGUUUGCGCUGUUUCACAAAAUAAAUCACCAUGAUUCUGAAUGUGUAUAUGGUAAAAUGCCUUGUGCCACUUAAGGGCUUGUAUCUGAUGUUCACUGCAAACAUAGGGCAUGUGUUACCUUAUUUUUGGUCCUCUGUCACCUGCCAUGCAUUUUCUUUAACCAAUAAAAAAAUCCAACUUAUACAUGGCGGCACUUACUUUCAAAUGCAUAGGCAAAACAUGUGCUGCUGUUUUUUUGUUUGUUUUUUGUACAGUUGAUCAAAAGCCAUUUGGGGGGGGGGGGGGGGG